UGACCCAACCAUGGCGUCAAUUUCCGUUUACCCGCGUCAUAAGGCAAAGCCACGUUUGCCAUUUUUCAAUUAGCAAUCAACGCAGGCAUCGUCGAGGGAGAAGAACAGAUUCUUGAACGCGGAGAGGAUGAAACCGAUAGGAGAGAAGCUUACAGGCGUAGAAGAGGCAGAACAAACGUUCUACAAUCCCACCAAGUACCGCUGCGUCCACUGCUUGGUACCAGCAACGGCACUGUACAAACAGUAUGCUUCCGCAUCGUCUACGUCAUUAAGCUUGAAACUUGAAAUCUGUGUACGGUGCCACCAGGUGGUGGAUCCGUACGCCGAACGCGAAGUCUUACUCGUCGCUCUGGAUUUGAUUGCGCUGCGACCGGAAGCCUACCGGCAUGUUUUGUGCAAUCGAAUACAGCCAAACUAUCACGAGAAUGGAAACGGUGUCCUCCAAGCCCAAACACAGCAAGCCACCAAUAGCCGGUUAUGCCAGAAAUGGUUGCAGUACGUCUCCUCCAGUAGAAUUUUACACGCCUACUUGCUCUGGGAAGCUUGGCGUUACGAGCGAGAAACAAAGCAACCAUCUAUAUCGCCUUUGCAGUUUCUCUACUUUCUGAGCCUUUCUUUUGUGGAGCUUGUAUCCUUUUCGGGGCCUAUUGUCGCCGUAGUGUUGUGGCUUGCCGGGGCGAAAAAAAGUAGGAAUUCAAUCGGGGCUCCUUCCUCAAUAGCUUUGAGAUGGGAGGUAGUCGCUCUCUUUGUUGCCCUGGUGCUCCCGACAAGCUUUCAUGCACUGACCGUCUUGAUUCAAGUCUGGGAAAACACGCCUACUGUACGCGCCUUGGGUGCUUUGAUGACGCUAUUGUACCAAAAUAUGGCGGUGCAAACCAUAGUCAUGGCCGCGCAGGUCGAUCGAGCCAAAGACAAGAAUAUGAUCGGUCGUCGGGUCUACGAAUCUUUGUGGAGGACGCAUCUAUGGGCCAUGGCCGCGGGACUCUUAACAAGAUGGAUUUUGUUGCUUGCCGUGAGUGCUAUGUUGCCGUCCGGAACAAACACCCCCUGUACGGGAUGGCGAUGGACAACAAGCGAUGGGACGUCUCUGUGUUUAUUGUAGCAACGCUAUCUUUCUAAGAGCGUCGCCACUCGUGUUGUAUGCCGCACUCAUUGAUGCUAUAUCCGGAGUCAAGACUAUGUAGUGUACAGAAAUAAAGGAUUGAAGACUCUUUUGCCUUGUAACAUGGUACCCUGCACCAAGCUAAGUCAGUUUUUUUUCUUUGCGCCCAAGUAUCGGGGCAAUAUUGCCAUUUUGCGCGAGCUUUUGAGUCAACCUUUGCUGCUGUAAAAGAUUGUUUAACCUCCUUUUAAAGUAGCCAA